AUGCUUGGGGCAUUUCGUUUAGAGAAAGAGGGAGAAAGGGAUCGCCAGUUGGUCUCCCAAAAGAUGAAGGAACUGGGUGGCCUCCUACAACAGUUAAUGGUCGUGGAAAAUAAUGAGGCGGUCCAGUUGUCUGACUUCAUAAAGCCGGAGAAAUUUGAUAUAAUAAUCAAAGCUGUUAGGGAGACCACUGGCUUUAUACCGCCAAAUCGUGGCCAGGAAGAAGUCAACAUCCCAUCACUCGCACUAAAGCUCUGGCAUUCUCUAUUGAAGUGUGCUACACUUCUUCACAAUCAAGCGAUUCGUGCGAGGAAUGACUUGGUGCUGAAGGAGAUAAAAUACUUUCAAAAAUUGAUGAGAUCGGAGUGGGAAUAUAAGAUCUCGCAUCACUCCCUUUCCACAUUGAAAGAACGGAAGAUGAAUGCUGUACAAGUCCUUCCUCUGACAGAAGAUAUGCGAAAAUUGAGAAAGUUCGUCGAACAGGGGAUAACUGAAACCUCCAGGCAACUGAAGCUAUCCCCAACGUCCGAAAACUGA